CAGUACGCGCGCACCCGAGGAGACGGGAAGCUAAGGGGGGGCGGUCAGACUGACGUUCGCGCGUAAGGAGCCACAGAAGAACGGCAGAGGAAAAACCGAACGUUUAUGCAGCGACGCCGUGAUGGACUCUAACGGCUUGUGAGUAACAGCACAUAAAAUACACCGGAGCACUCCGAGCCUUCCGCAGCCGAGAACCAGGGUCGAUUUGACGGGUAAAAGCGAGCUCCAACCCACGGGGGAUUAUCAUCCUUCGAGGCGAGGGAGGGAGCCCGGGCUGGGGCUGGAGACUGGAGCGCCAAUCCCGGAUGGCUAGGCGCGGCUGCUCUCGCUCUCCCCCACCCUGACCCGGGCGAGGCACACAGUGGACGUUUGGGUUUGGGGAAAAAGAGCUGCGGAGGACAGGGGUUGAUACCAAGUGGAGGCCCUUAGUCGGGGUUCCCGCUUACCGCCUGUUCAUAUCCCGGCCUGUUUCCGCUUGUGUGCACCAUAAACAAACAAACAAACAAACAAACAAACAAGGACAGAGUGAAAUCUUCAUCCUUCAUCGUUAUCACCAGACCUGUGAUAUGGCUUAAGGUUCAAGCGUCGUUUUGGGAUGUAGCAGGACUGUGUAGUGACACACACACACCUCCACGCACGCACACACAAUCAUUGGAAGGAAACACACACAGAUAGACUAUUCAAAAACACACACUAGUAGGAGGCAGCCAUGCCAGUGUUCAGUGGCCUCCUGAAGGUGCGUGUGUGCGAGGCGGUGGACCUGAAGCCCACCCCGUGGGCCCUGCGUCAUGCCGUGGGAAAGAGCGGCUCCUUCCUGCUGGACCCCUACCUGGCCCUCAACCUGGACCAGACCCGGCUGGGCCAGACGGCCACCCGCACCAAGACCAACAGCCCCGCCUGGCACCAGGAGUUCUGCACAGAGGUCCAUGAGGGACGCAGCCUGGAGCUGUCUGUCUUUCACGACGCGCCCAUCGGCUACGACGACUUUGUGGCCAACUGCACCAUCCAGUUGGAGGACCUGCUGCAGAACGGGACCAGGCACUAUGAGGACUGGAUCGACUUGGAGCCGGAGGGCAAGGUGUACGUGGUCAUUGAUUUGUCCGGAUCUUCCACUGAGGCCUCGGGAGCCAACGACAAUGAGGAGCGCGUCUUCCGGGAGCGGAUCGGCCCCCGGCGGCGCCAGGGGGCGGUGCGGAGGCGCGUCCAUCAAGUCAACGGACACAAGUUCAUGGCCACCUACCUGAGACAGCCCACCUACUGCUCACACUGCAGAGACUUCAUAUGGGGCGUCCUGGGGAAGCAAGGCUACCAGUGUCAGGUGUGCACUUGCGUCGUCCACAAGCGCUGCCAUGAGCUCAUCAUUACCAAGUGUGCCGGCAUGAAGAAGCAGGAGGACACGCCAGAGGAGGUGGGAUCGCAGCGGUUCAGCGUGAACAUGCCCCACAAGUUCAGCAUCCACAACUACAAGGUGCCCACCUUCUGCGAUCACUGUGGAUCCUUGCUGUGGGGCCUCAUGAGACAGGGACUGCAGUGCAAAGUGUGUAAGAUGAAUGUGCACAGGCGGUGUGAGAGCAACGUAGCUCCGAACUGCGGCGUGGACGCCCGAGGCAUCGCCAAGGUCCUGUCGGACCUGGGGGUCACGCCUGGCAAGAUCUCCAACACGGCGCAGCGUCGCAGGAAGUUGACCCCUGGGCAGGACACUCCCCAGUCUCCCCCUGAGCUGUCGCAGUCGGAGAACAGCUUCAGCCAGUCAGCUGUCCCCGCCUCGCCCUCCCAGCAGGACUUGGCCGAGUUGGAUCGCCUGCAGGACGCACUGUCACUGGACCAGCAGGGACCACAGAACUCCUCCUCUUCCUCCUCCUCCUCCUCCACAACCUCCUCCUCAUCCUCGUCCACAGUCUCCUCUUCUGGGGUCCGGGAGAACGGGCAGAGCCAGAGGAGGACCCUAAAGGACUUCAACUUGAUCAAGGUUCUCGGCAAAGGCAGCUUCGGCAAGGUGAUGCUGGCUGAGCUGAAGGGGACAGAGGAGGUUUAUGCUGUCAAGGUUCUGAAGAAGGACGUGAUCCUGCAGGACGACGAUGUGGACUGCACCAUGACGGAGAAGCGCAUCCUGGCUCUGGCCCGCCGACACCCCUACCUCACCCAGCUGUACUGCUGCUUUCAGACCCGAGACCGCUUGUUCUUCGUCAUGGAAUAUGUGAACGGAGGAGACCUGAUGUUCCAGAUUCAGCGCUCCCGCAAGUUUGACGAGCCUCGCUCUCGAUUCUACGCCGCCGAGGUCACCUCAGCACUCAUGUUCCUGCACCGCAAUGGAGUCAUCUACAGGGAUCUGAAGCUGGACAACAUUCUGCUGGAUGCAGAGGGUCACUGCAAGCUGGCCGACUUUGGAAUGUGCAAGGAGGGCAUCAUGAACGGCGUGACCACCACCACCUUCUGCGGCACGCCCGACUACAUCGCCCCCGAGAUCCUGCAAGAACUGGAGUACGGCGCCUCGGUGGACUGGUGGGCCCUGGGGGUCCUGAUGUACGAGAUGAUGGCUGGGCAGCCGCCCUUCGAGGCCGACAACGAGGACGACCUGUUUGAGUCCAUCCUCCACGACGACGUCCUCUACCCCGUGUGGCUCAGCAAAGAGGCCGUGUCCAUCCUCAGAGCAUUUAUGACCAAGAACCCGGCCAAGCGUCUGGGCUGCGUGGUGAGCCAAGGCUGCGAGGACGCCAUCAAGACGCACGCCUUCUUCCGAGAGAUCGACUGGGUGCUGCUGGAGCAGAGGAAAGUUCGACCCCCCUUUAAGCCCAGAAUUAAGACCAAGCGAGACGUGAAUAACUUUGACCAGGACUUCACCAAGGAGGACCCUGUCCUGACACCCACCGACGAGACCAUCAUCCGGCAGAUCAAUCAGGAGGAGUUCAAAGACUUCUCCUACUGCGCCCCGGAGGAAAUGCAGACCUAACACACACGCACACACACACGCACACACACACACACACGUGAGUACAACCCUCAUAUCUCAGCGACCCUUUGAUCACAUCUAGUUAACACCCAGCCAUUAUUAUCUAAAUAAUGAAUACAUAUCCACAUUGUGUCCUCGGUGUGAAUAUUUAACAUUGUCAAGCACUGCCUUAAAGGGAUAGUUCGGAUUUUUUGACGUGAAGUUGUAUGGCAUCCCCGUCAGCAGUAUACUACAGCAACAGUGACUCACGGGACCAAUUGGGGGGGGGUAAGUCACCGUUGGUGUAGUACACUGCUGACAGGGAUGUCAUACAAUUUCAUGUCAAAAUAUUCAAACUAUCCCUUUAAUGCCGUCGGGCAUUGAAUUGAGCACAGCUGCACCGGUUGAUACUGGAAUCCUCUUCCACUCCUCCAUGAGGCCAUCCCCUGGCCCUCCUUUUUAGCUUCCUCGGUGAGGUACUUGAUCAUCCUGGAGGUGUGUUUGGCCUCCUUACCAUGUUGGAAUUCCUCUUUCGCCUCAGUUAGCUGCAGCUCCUCCCGUGUCGGUGGCACUCGUGCAGCCCUGGACCAUAACUCUACCACCACCCCCUGCUUGACUGUAGAUAAUUGUCUUGGCACUCGCUUGAAAAUAAUGGCUGUGUGUGGAUGGUGUUUUCUGUGGAUGGCAUAUUUAUACUGCUAUACAAGCUAUAUACUAACUACUUUAAAGUACAGUGUUCCCUUGUUUACUGCGGGAGAUAGCUUCCCAAAAUAGCCCGCAAUAAGAAAAAUCCGCAAAGUAGCCAACUAUAUAUUUUUUUAUAAUGAUUAUAUAUGUUUUAAGGCUGUAAAACCCCUCACCGUACACUUGAUACACUUUUCUCAGACAGGCAUGAACAUUUUAUCACAUUUCUCUCUUGUUUAAAAACUCUCAAAGUUCAAAUUUUGUUUGAAUUUAAGUGAUCAACCUAGAAGGUUGGACACAAGAAAUUAAGUGACUCAUGCAUAUUUCCCUCCUCUGGUCGUGCCUCGUCGUCCUGGCACCGUUCGGCUGCAGUGUUUUUGUAUCCUUCUCAGAAAAUAUUGCUCCUGUCGUCGUAUUUUCCUCACACGGUUAGCUUCUUCUGUUUUUUCUAUUGUUUACAGUAUCGGCGGUUAACAAGCAGCUGACACGGUUAGCUAGUUUGGUAGCCAUGACCACAACAGGAGACUGCACGAAGGAUAUUGAUUGACAGUGGUCUACACCCAAUCAGGAUGGAGAAGACAAUGGACAGUGCAGACAGAAGAGAGAGAGUAGAGAGACACCGCCACCUGUGCUAAAGCAGAGAACUACAACACUCAACUUCCCACAAUGCAAUUCUUAAAGGGCCAAACUGAAAAAAACACUAAUUGCACUAAAAAAAAAAAACGCUAAAGAGCGAGCCUGCUAAAUGUGAACCGCGAUGGCACGAGGGAACAUGGUAGAUGCAUUUUAUAGUGUUGGCCCUUGACAAGAUUUGCUUGCUGAAAUGUGAAGGUUGUGCUCACUUUUGUGCUGUACAUGCAGAGGGAACAUACACACGCGUCAAAUCCCUUUACCACACACACACACACACACACACACAGACUUAUACUUUACAGCUAUUUGGUCUUUACUUUCAGAAUCUUCUUCACACGCGCCGUUGUUGUCGUCGUUCAUGUCGCCUGGGUUAAUUAUGACUAUGAAUAUGAACACCUGCACAUGCUUUAACACACACACACACUUUCCCAUCCAGCACCAUGCGGACUGAAGGUGCUGCCGCCUGUACAUAGCAGCCUGUGUGGAGUGGCUGUAUAGUGUUGCUGUUGUCUGCUAGCUAGCUAACAAGAAGGCGCAUGGACACCCCAACCCCCGGUGUUUUAAUUGCCCUCAUUGUGGCCCAUUUAUGGCUUAAAUAUACCCCUCUGUGCAAUACCCCCACCCAUAUAUAUAUAUAUGUAUAGUUAUACUGUAAUAUAUAUACAUAUACAUAUAUAUAUAUGGCUCGUCUUUCGCCCUCGUUUUUUCUUAUUGCUUUGUUGUGAUUGACACUCACCGUCUCGUGUGCAUCCAAUGAAUGUGGAGCUUUACAGGCUAUUCAACUAAUUACACAACCGCCAAGAUAGGAAGCCGCUCGUUCUUAUUGGGGAUAUUGUCUUGAAUGUACAUUUUUAUUUGUGUGAAUUCUUGCUACCAUCAGUGUUUUCUCCCCUUUUUCCCACGCAACAAAAAAAGCCACUGGCUUUAUUUCCUUCUUAUUGCUCGCUCUCUUUUUCUUUUUUAUUCAAAUUAUUAUUAUUGUAAAGUCUAUCAUUGUGUAUAUUACUCCUAAAUAUACUAUUUUAGGUCUGUUACAGCCGAAUGAUGGGAGGAGACAGGCAGAGAACCUCACGUUUCACACACACACACACACACACACGCACAUACAUGUAAAAGGACUGUUGCGUGCACUGUACAUCAGAGUUGGGGGGGUUCGGGGGCUGUGCAGUAUAAUCGAUGUAUGUAUAGUGAAGGUUUGUGCAUCCAGGGGUUAGCCUGAUCCCGGUCACACUAUUUUACUCUGUGCCAAAAUGUAGUGUGACAGACAGGCUUGGUCCUGUCUGCUCUGACUCCAAUAAAAGAAAAACACUGAGCUGUCCCCGUG